GGAGAGGGAAAGAGGAAUCCGCCGCCGCUGCCGCUGCCGCAGGUAACCCCACCCAGAAGCGACCUUCUUGUGGUAGAAGCUACGACACCACCAACAGCUCCUCCGGCUCAGCUCCAGCAAUUUCACACCGAUCCGCCACUACACCUCACCACACCCCCUCCUCCUCGCCGCCGGCCGCCCGCCCGCCCGCCGCGACGAUGCUGGAGGACGUGCAGAUGAGCGACUCCGAGCCCCAGCCGGCCGCCCCUCCCCCCUCCGCGGCGCCGGCGCCCUCCACCCUCCACCAUCUGAAGGAGAUCGCGUCGGUGAUCGAUUCCGGGUCGCUGUCCAAGGAGGUGCGCCGGAUCUCCCGCGCCGUACGCCUCACCGUCGCGCUCCGCCGGCGCCUCGCCGCGCGGGACGUCUCCGCCUUCCUCGCCUUCGCCCUGCCCGCGGCGUCCGACCCGUACGCACGCCUCACCGCCCUGCUCCCCAAGGAAGAUGAUGCUGAGAUGGAGGUUGACACUGCGGCUCCGGCAACUCAGAUUUCAAUCAAGCAUGGUCUCCCUGAGAUUGAAAUUUAUUGCUACUUGCUUGUCCUGAUCUUCCUUAUUGAUGAGAAGAAAUAUGACGAGGCUAAAGCAUGUGCAAGUGCAAGCAUUGCUCGUCUGAAGAAUUUGAACAGGAGAACUGUUGAUGUUUUGGCUUCUCGGCUGUACUUUUAUUACUCUUAUGUGUAUGAGCUUACCAACAGCCUUGCUGAAAUCCGUGGGAAUCUGCUUGCAUUACAUAGAAUGGCAACUUUGCACCGUGAUGAGCUUGGUCAGGAAACUCUGCUCAAUCUUCUACUUCGCAAUUACCUCCACUACAACUUGUAUGAUCAGGCAGAAAAGCUUAGGUCAAAGGCACCACGUUUUGAAGCGCAUUCCAAUCAGCAAUUUUGCCGAUACCUGUUCUACUUGGGCAAAAUUAGGACAAUUCAAUUGGAGUACACUGAUGCUAAAGAAAGUCUCCUGCAAGCUGCUCGAAAGGCACCCACAACAGCUUGUGGUUUUCGGAUUCAGUGCAACAAAUGGGCUAUCAUAGUAAGGCUACUCCUUGGAGAGAUUCCAGAAAGAACGGUCUUCAUGCAGAAAGGAAUGAAGAAAGCACUGACACCAUAUUUUGAGCUUACGAAUGCUGUCAGGGUUGGAGAUUUGGAGCUGUUCAGGGCUGUUGCAGACAAAUUUGCAAGCACGUUCAGUGCAGACAGGACUCAUAAUUUGAUUGUGAGACUGCGCCACAAUGUUAUCCGAACUGGACUGCGCAAUAUCAGCAUUUCAUAUUCAAGGAUAUCCCUCACUGAUAUUGCUAAGAAGCUAAGACUAGACUCUGAGAACCCUGUUGCUGAUGCCGAGAGCAUUGUAGCCAAGGCCAUAAGAGAUGGUGCAAUUGAUGCCACAAUAGAUCACACGAAUGGUUGGAUGGUGUCAAAAGAAACUGGUGAUGUCUACUCGACAAAUGAGCCGCAAAUUGCAUUCAACUCCAGGAUUGCGUUUUGCCUCAACAUGCACAAUGAGGCGGUCAAGGCGAUGAGGUUCCCCCCUAACUCACACAAGGAAAAGGAGAGUGCUGAGAAGCGCCGUGAAAGGCUUCAGCAGGAGGAGGAAUUGGCCAAACACAUGGCUGAGGAAGAUGACGACGACUUUUAAAUGGGUAUCCUUUUUAGCUGCCACUUGCUAUGUGGAGUUGGUUCAUUUGAGAUCCCUUGAUUCAAAGCAAUUCCUCCAAUCCCCGCAGGGUUACUCGAGUUAUGCAAACAUUAAAGUUUAAAUUCAUCCGCUGUAAUUUUAUGUUGAUCAGGAUUUUGUAUUAACUCCGUAUGUGUCUACAGGGUUACUUGCGUUUGCCUCUUCUUGAAAUCUUUGACGGGAUAAUUUACACCUAGCAAAAGUUAUUUCCUGAUUUUUUGGUCCC